UGUCAAGACACACAUAUAAUUUGCGAGACUAGAGAAACGUGAACAAUUUACAUUCAAUAAAAUUUGUUUUAACAUUUUACGGAGAAUGAUUUUUUCGCUUGUGAUUUAAUUAACGCCAAGCAGUAAACAUUAGUUUCUGUCAUCGCAAAAAACAUUUCGAUUUUGUUUCCCAAUUAAACACGAAUUUAACAUCCACAGAUGUUUGUUGUAAUUUUUUUUUUCACUCGUUGAAACGUGAAUAAAGAUCCUCUUUGCGUCCUGGGUUCGAAUCUCGCUCGUGAACAACGUUCAUAAUCCAGAAUUUUUUUUUCAUUUUUUUAAUUGAUUGAUUGUUGCUAAAGUGAAAAAAAUGGAAUCAAAAGGCAGUAUCGAUAGCAAAAUAGGUGGUGACGCAAUAAGGGAAGGAUCAGCAAGUGCUGGAAAUCUCAGCUCAAAUGUGACCAAUAUGAAUCCACUCUUGAAGGAUUCGAAGCGAGUCAUCAAGAAAAUGAUUGUGAUGGAUACGAGUAAACUCAAGGGAUUGGGCAUCGAAUCUACGAUCAAGAAUGCCAUGUCCAAAUUGGGGAAAGAAAGAAAUAUUAAAAUAGAGAAGCCAACGUCUAAUACUGUGGACAACCAAUCUAUCAACGUGUCACCAAAGGUUCCACAAACUAUUAUCAAAACUGAAUUUGAGCCAAACAAUGUGACCGUUAAGCCAGCGGCAACAGUCAUAAAGCAUAUAUACCGACCAGGUGUGCCUUUCUCUGCAACAUCAGACUCGACUACUGAUCCAGUUCAUAUUCAGUCGAAGGGUGUGACUGCUAAGCCAUCAUCAACUCAUCCUGUUAUACACUCACCUCGACAAUCGCUCACCACCUCAACAAACAAUGUUUCAUUUAGAUCUAGCAAUGAAACGACUCCACCGGCUUCUGUUACCAAAAACGUGGCUCAAAGUGCUUGUGUUCCAAAUACAUCCACCAACAGUAUGCAACCGAUCCGCAUUGCAUCAACAGGUACAGUUCCAGUUGUGAAAGGUCACCGAAAUGGACCGACACAAUUUCAUUACAACGCUGCAAUCGUACCAUCACAGACCAACAAUCCAGUGAUCAAGGUCGAAAGUACAGCACCGUCAGCUGCAAGUGAUGGAAAGAAGAUUAAGGUUUUGUCAAACGUUAGCUUGAUUGAUGGCAAGUCAAAGCUAUUAGAGAUCGACAAGCUGUCGUCUAAAAAUUUAAAAUUCACGAACGUCAUCAAAGGAACGGACAAAAGCCCACCGAAGGCAGCGGUUCUUCCGAAUUCCGAUUCUGGGUCUAAACCAGAUUCACAUUCGAAUGCAGUACCCGGAAAAAUGGAAUCCGAUAGAGUGACAAAAUUUACCCAUGUCAUCAAAGGAUCAGAGGAACGUCAACCACGUACAACCGUUGCUGCACCGUGCACCGUUAGUUCCACAAGAGCACCCGUAUUUAUACAUUCUUCCAUGCCGAAAUAUAUACAAACCGAAACGAAGUUGACUUCGUCCGUCAAUUUGAAGCCGCUGAACGAUGGAAAGCACCAAAGUACCACCAGGUUAAUAUUCCAUAAGCAGCAUGGCACUCCGGCAAUGCCUACAAAGAUCGAUGAACCAAAAUUUUCUUCGAAAAGUCUGAAAAAUCCCAGCGAUGCGACGAAUAAAACAAUUCCGCCGAACAUUUUGAAUUUUUCCAACGUUGGAGGAGGAAAUGCGUUGAGGUCAGAUUUUAUAAAUCAGUCGUUCAGAUCAUCAUAUCCAGCAGGCAAAUCGAUCAAAACCGAAAUCGAUACCGUUCCAUCCAAGAAUUUGAUUUUCACCAACGCAUCGAGACCAGUCGUUCAAAUUAUUACUGCUAUUAGGAAGUCCACGACACCAACAUGCUCAUCAUCAGCGCCAAUUAAAACCGAAUUCGAGGAAAUGAAGCCGAACGACUUCAAUCAACCCAAUGCCAAAGGUUCGAAGGAAUAUCCAUCGCACAAUGUCGGUAGGCCAGCCGUUUGUAAAGUUGCUAAGCCGGUCACAUCCACCAGCUCAACGUCUGCAGCAACCGAGGUUGCAACAAAACAAUUGGUAACUACGGAUGAAAAUGUUGAGAUUUACAAACCGUCCGCACAAAAAUAUCUAAGUAAGAGCACCGUGUCCACCGAAAUGACUCCCGUCGACAAUGCAGCAAGGAAUAAACGGUUCCACGAUGCCGUCUGGUCUACAAACAAUCCCCGAACGUACGCCCGACAUAAUAUCAAACGAUUGCUCAGCGAUAAAAUCAUAAAGAAAAGGAAAGAGGAGGAAAGUGUGCAAAAUUUUCACAAUGAACAGACAUCCGAAACAGUACCUCCUGUGCAAGCGGAUAAAAGUGAUGUUCACGGUGACGCAUCCGCAUCUGCAAGCGAUUUGAACUCGGAAAAAGAGAAGUCGAAAACGGAAUUACCCACCAAGCAACCUACACCAAUUAUAUCAGAGCUUACAUCAGCGGAUGAUGGUGUUCAGUCGCCUGUAAAAUUGCCUGUUGAACCGCCUAUUCAGCCGAUGGUUAUAACUUCGGAUUCAGAACCGCUUCAAAACAGUCCUAUAAAAUUAGUGCCUACGGUGGAUGAUACUGUUGAACCGAUGGAUGUAACUACGGAUUCGGAGAAAAUCAAACCUGUUCAAUUGGAAGCGGAAUCCCCUUGCAACCAAACCACACCGAGUCCAUCAAAACUUACACAGAUAGAUGACUCUGUUGAGCAACCACCUAUUCCACCCGUCGAUGUGAAUACAGAUGCAGUUACUGUGACGAAAAACAAUUUCUGCGGAUUUUCCAUUGAAGAAGUGAAUGUCAGUUUCUCACUGCUGACCCAAAUCAAAGCAAUUCUUUCGAAAAAUCGACCGAAGAAGACGCUACCAUUGUUGGUUUCAACAAAUCCAAAGGUUGGAAGUGAACGAGAGAUUAAGUUGGUUGUCAGAGAUAACAAUCGCUGGGUUCUGAACCACGAAACCGGUGUCUUAGAAGAAAAAUUCGACAUAAAAAUGAAGUCGAUCCAGCAAAAUGUUCCACCGUCUACAGAAGCAGAUAUGGACAGCAGGUUGUCUCGGUCAAAUUUAGACAAUGUAAACGAGCUAAUCGAACCAUCCGAACAAACUUUAAAGAACACCGAACUGGAAUCCGGACUCUCUCCAUCGAAAACACCUGUGAUUGAAGAUGCCGACGACGAAAUAUCGGACAUUGACCUGUUUCACCGUUCGAAAACAAAAUGCACCGGAAGUGCAAUGAAUCGCCGUGCAAUAUUUAAAUCAAUCGAACUGCAUCGCAAAUCGGCUCUGCCAGCUACUACGGAUGAUGAUGAAUCGGAACUGUCGUUACGCGUUCGUCCACCCAGACCGAAAUUGAGGAGAUCGCGUCAGAAACAGACUUUAGAACAGCUGAAAGUUCAGCAAAAUGCUCAUGUUAGCUUAUUGAAACGAUUCAUACGCACGGAUUCCGAUUGUGAUAAUUUGGACGAAGAAGUUUUGAUGAGUUUUAUCGGCAGUGUGGACCAGCGAAUUGAAGUGUUGGAAAAUCAAGUGAAGAAUUGCUUUAAAAAGAAAAUUUGUGCCGAAUUAAACGUCGAUGCCAUCAGUGUAUCAGAGCAAAGUGUGACCACUUUUGUUGAUCUAAUGAAAGACAUAGAUGGACCGGUGAAAUCUUGUGAAAGUGUUACAAGACCAGAUCUAGUGAAACCCAGUAAAAGCUCGUCCAACGUACACAGUCGAUUAAGUGGUGGUGUUACUUGUAACGCUCAGUUGCCUGAAGGCAUUUUACCGAGUAAUGCUGAAACGGCAGAGAGCGAACACAGACAAGGUCUCCUGAAAAUUCAUGAAGUUACAAUACGAAAGGACACAUUUCUGGUGACCGAGUAUGACAACCAAUGUGAUAAAAUCAAUCAUCUACCUCUAAACGUGAAACUUGAGAAAGACACAUCGACUAAACGAAGCAUUUCGGCUCCGCCUCCGGUUCGGAAGACAACAAAACCAACGAUCCGAAAAAAACGUAAACGAAAGUCUCUAGUUGAAAUGUUGGCCAAGCAUGUCGAUAAGGAAACCCUCAAAUCGGUGAUCAUCGAGCAUGCUAAACAAAAAUGUGAUCUCAGUUCAUCGCUGGAUUCGGAUAGUGACAAUGACAGUGAUCGGGGCGACGUUGUAAGUAAAAUAUUUCGAACGGUGUGUACAAUUGACUUGUGCGACGAUGACGACGAAACCGUGCAUGAAGAUGUCCUACAAUAUCUGGAAUUUACCGAGGAAAAUGAGAUGGAAAUUGAACAAGAUGUAAUGUCAGUUAAUCCUUCUUAUUCUGUUGAAACGAAGAUCAAUCACGAGGUACCUAAACCGAUCAAAUCUCCUAAGCCGUCGUGUAAAAACCCCAGGAAAGGGAAAUUAGAAACUAGAACAUCGGAAACAUCGGGGAAAAAAAGGAACCCAAGUUCCACCACUGUGAUAGAUACACCAAUUGAGGGUACCAUAGAGAAUGCAGACGUAUGCGAAACACGGGAUGCAAUGAGUGAAAAAUCUACUGCUAUUUCAGCGAAAGAACAUGACGAUAUGCCAGUUGCAAAUAUUUGCGAUGAAAAUCCUCCGGUUUCAACAUUAGAAACUUCAAAUGUUUCGCUUUCGACAGCAACAAUCAUGAAUGUUUCGUUGUCGACCGCAAAAACUUCAGAGGUUCCGACAUCGACCGCACCAACUUCAGAGGUUUCAUUUUCGACUACAAUAACGUCAAUUGUUUCGCUGUCGACCGCAACAACUUCAAAUGUUCCACCGUCGAGCGCAACAACUUCAAAUGUUCCAACGUCGAGCUCAACAUCAAGAAAUGUUCCUUCGUCGACCGAAACAACUUCAAAUGUUACACCGUCGAGCGCAACAACUUCAAAUGUUUCGUUUUCGACCCCAACAACUUCAAAUGUUUCAUCGUCGAACGCAACAACUUCAAAUGUUCCAUUGUCGACCGCAACAACUUCAAAUGUUCCACAGUCCACCGCAACAACUCCAAAUGUUCCAACGUCGAGCUCAACAUCAAGAAAUGUUCCUUCGUCGACCGAAACAACUUCAAAUGUUACACCGUCGAGCGCAACAACUUCAAAUGUUUCGUUUUCGACCCCAACAACUUCAAAUGUUUCAUCGUCGAACGCAACAACUUUAGUUCCAUUGUCGACCGCAACAACUUCAAAUGUUCCGCUGGCGACCGCACCGACUUCAAAUGUAUCAUUUUCGACCCCAACAACUUCAAAUGUUCCAUCGUUGACCGCAACAACUUCAAAUGUUCCACAGUCGACCGCAACAACUUCAAAUGUUUCACCGUCGACCGUAACAACAUCAAAUGUUCCAUUGUCGACCGCAACAACUUCAAACGUUCCACCGCCGAUCGCAGCAACUUCAAAUGUAUCACUUACGGAAGCCGAAUCAAUUAGUUCCAACUUUUUCGAUGAUGAUGACCACACAGAAACGCUCGACACAGCUUUUGAUGUUGAAGCUAGUACUUCUCCUUCCCCGGACAACACUUUAAAAGUAGACGAGAUGCCUAGUCCAAAAGUUGAAGCAGUUCCACAAUCCAAAAUUUUGAAAUCGGAUGGCAAUUCUGUUUCGGAAAUCGCAGACAAAAACGAUAUUCAAGAAGGUGGAGUCGUCCCAUCCGACGACCAGUCAAAAAUGGAAAAAAUUGUUCCUGCUACCGUUCCUAAAAUUAGUGAAGAAGUCACGACUGUUACUAUUCCAAUGGAUAACAUUAGUGCAGCGAAAGACCCAGAACAACCCAUGAAUGUGGAGGCUAGUCCUGCUGCACCAUCAAACACGAAAAUAGACAAAUCACCAGAGAAAAAGAGUCCGAAAAGGUUAAUAAUAAAACUGAGGCCUUUCGAGGAAAUAUCUUGCCGUCCCAGACUGAAGAGCAUAGACAACGAGCCUACUGCUGGUGCCAAACUAUCUUUUGCGGAAAGUCUAAGCAAAAUUGAUUCUGCAAUCGACAAGGGAAGUAAGUCGAAACGAAAAGCCUCAAAAUCGAAAGAUGCUCACACGACAGAUACAAUCGAUUACAAUCUGUACGGCAGUCGACUCAUCGUUGUUACUCCAGAGACGUUACCUAAAUCAACAGAACGAAAGCCAAAAGACAAAAUUCAACUUUCUUCUGAAAGCAUCAACGACGACCCAGCUGUUGGUCCAAUAAAAAUCAAAAUUAAAAUCGGGAAAGAGCCGAAAAACUCAGCGGCAAUUCCAAACAAUGAUACAGUGAACGGAAUCGAAAAGCCCAGCCGCUCUCGUAAAAGAAAAUCUGCAGUCUUAGAAGAUGCAGCAAGCGUACCAGUCGCUACACCACCGCCAGCAAGUGACACAACUCGAAGGCGCCCCAUUUUCGAUAACUUCGAUUCACCCGAAAUUCUAACAACCAAACGUGCCAGGAAAUCAAAGUCUUAUGUGGACGAUGACGAUCGCAUUGAAAAUGUACCAACGACCACUCAGCCACUAUCCAAUUCACGCUCAUCCAAGCGCAAAUCAAAUAGUUCGAAAAGUCCACUUAAAUUGGAGUCAAGUGUUCUGGAAACUGUCGACGGAGCAAAAGAUCAAAAAGAUCUGCUUGCAACGGAACCGGUUAGUAUCGCAGAGCCGAACGCUGAACUGAACACUGAACGGAACAUUGAACCUAACGCUGAACCGAAUGCACCACCAAAAGUACCGAUAGCUUUAACAAUGCCGAAAACUGGAAGGGGUAUUAGGCCACCAGUCUUAGCGCCAUUAGACGUCGCCGAGCGGUAUGUUUGUGGAAAUUGUAAGGAAGUAGUCGAGGCAAAAGAUUGGACCAAACAUAUCAGAGGUCACUACGGUCUAUCAUGGCGAGUUGAUGUCGAUCCGCCGAUCGAUAUGGACAACAUUCACACCAUGUCAUCGAAAGUGUUAAACUUUAUCAAGAAGGCAAACAUCAAGAUUUUGAAAUGCCCACAGUGUGACGUUGAAAAGAAAUCAGCUUUGGGAUAUUUGAGUCACUUGGAGGUGUGCGGUUUGACUCCAGAGGAAGUCAAAAGCAAAUUGGUGAAAUGCGAACACUGUCCGUCAAUGAUCCGUAGCUGUAGCAUGAAAAUCCAUCUAACUUUUUGUUCCGGUUUGAAGCGGCUGUUGCAGAAGGAAAAAGAAUCUACCAAAGAGCCUGACAGUGCCGAAGAAUGCUAUAACGACAUGGGUCGAGCUGUACGUCGUUCUGCUCAAAAAGCUAUGUCGUCGUUUAAAGAUCUUGGCAAAGCACCCGAGGCUAAACUUGAAGAUUACGUCGAACGUGUGGAAAAGAUCAGUAAUAAGCAACAUCGGAAGUGGAGGCAGGUGUUGAAAGAAGGCAAUAACAUGGAGUGUGUUCGGAAAGGAUGUGAAUUUUCAACGAACGAUUUGUUGGCAAUGGUCGAUCACUUCAACACGUGUGUUCUUGUCGACGGUGAAACGUUCUAUUGCAAUCGAUGCGGACAUGGACCGGACACUCGUGCCGAUGUAGAAGAGCACAUCAAAGCUAGCCACAGUUUGGGAGUCAUUGAAUCGAUCGACGACAAGAUAUUUUCGGACAGUGACGAUGACGCUGAGUUGGGUGAGGAAUCAUCGGAAAGUGAAGGAGAAUCAGGCGAUGAGGAAAGGUCGGACAAAGACGGCGGAGACAGCGAUUUCGAUGAUGAAGAUGACGAUGGGUGGAAUACGAAAGGAUACAAAAAGAAAAGGCUGAGGGAUUGGCCACACAAUGAAGUUAUGUUGAACAGCUGUCUGGAUAGGAAAGUGUUGGCGGAAUAUGCCAAUCUUCUGAAAUCGUAUUCCGGUGGAUCGUACUACUAUCCGACAUUGGAAUGGACACAAGAUUUUCGCGACACGCAUUUUUCCAGCGAAGGGCUAUUGCCAACGGCCACACCGAACACAUUUUCCGUUUUAUCUUCAACGCUGACCGAUUUGUACUUACCUAGAGUUCAGCAGUCCAACAAAUUUUUGGUCAAAGACGUGCGCAAAUACAGGAAAGUCUAUGGUUCGACUGAAAUCACCCAAUCUGAUAGCUGGAAAUUGCUAAACCGAUUCGAAGCGUCAAUAGAAAGCGAUUGUAUGGUACUGUUCACCGGUGGACCGGUUUUAUCGAUGGCUUGGCUACCCGUGCCGGAUGAUCAUUUAUCGCAAAUUUUGGCCGUUUGUUGUCGCAGCGAUGCUAACGAUGACAUUUUAAUGAAUAACACAAGGGCAGCAAAGUGUCUGAUCCAACUAUGGAAUUUCCAUAAGCUCAAGAACGGUCAGUUGCGGCAUGCACAAAUUCCACAUUUGCUUUACAGUGUGGCUUACGACCAUGGUCCGAUCAUACAACUGGAAUUCUGUCCGAGCGGUGGCUUUACCGAAGACCGAUUGGGAUUGUUGGCAGUAUCGUCGUAUGACGGACAUGUGGACAUCCUUGCGUUGCCAAAGAAUUUCACUUGUGACAAUUCGAAAAUCGAAAAUUUGGUAUUCACAAUCAAACCGUCGUUGACGCUGUGCUGUGAGCGGGAUCGACCAUUUGGUGUUUUAAUGACGAAAUUAGUGUGGUCACAGUCGAUGGGGCACACGAAAUUGGCCGGUGGAUUUGCGAACGGUUUAGUGGCCAUUUGGAAUUUAAAAAAUCUGGAGACACCGUUCACCUGCAGCAAAAUCAAUGGCAUACCAACACUGCUACCGACCGAUUUGUUUUUCGCUGGCAAUAAGGCCAUUAAACUUCUAGAGUUUCAUCAUGACGAGAACAAUGAUGCACGUUGGUUGAUUGCCGGUUCACAUGACCGUAAGGUGAAAUUUUUCGAUACACACAAUGUGCACCUGGAAAUAUCAACGACCACGGCACAUAGCCGAAUAACUGCUGGAUGCUGGCCUGUUCAUUGGACAUCAUUCCUGCUGGGCAUUGAUAACGCUUAUAGCUUAAAAAUAUCCGGAAUCAUUCUCAAGCAACCAUUGGAUAUUGGUUGCCGUACUUCCACAUUUUACUCAUGCAUCGGAUCAACCUGUGAUAUUAGUUUUAAUAAUUGGCUCAACUCGUACGUUUUCGUAACGUCAUACGGUGACAUUCAUGUGGGAUAUGUGCGACAAAUGAUUAGUGGCUUUGGCGAAACGCGACGGCAACGAUCGAUUCUCGGCUAUACGGAUUCCGUGGACAUUAGCGGAUCGGAUAGUAGGGAGGAAGAGGAUGUUGCGAAUGAAGAGGUAUCCACUUCGGAUGAACCGCAGCCAUCGACCUCAGCAGCUAGUGCGAUUGAAUCGGCAGCGGAUUUUUCGUAUCCAUCGACCGAUGGAAUUGUUUUCUGUGACUUUCGCAAUCCUCUACCUGCCGUCACAUCACCGUCGUAUGAAAAAAUUGGAGCUCCACCGAUGAAUAAAUACAACAUGGUCAAAGUGAAUAGAGUCGUCUUCAAUCCGAAUGUGUCCGCUUACAAAUUGUACGCUCUGGGUUAUGAGUCUGGAUUCGUUCGUAUCAAUCAACUGUUGCCGAAUUAAUGAUUUGCGAAAGAAGGUGGGGAAAUGUGUUGGACGUUUCUGUUGUUGAUACAUUUUGUUAAUUCGGUCACUUUAUGAGAUUUUUGUUGUUCAUUUUCUAAUUACAAAAUUAAUAAAUUAAUAUAUUUAACGUAAGUAA